AUAGCGCAUGAAAGACUGGGUUUAACACCCUAACUAGUGCACACUUUAUUUAACACGAAGCUGUUUGGGAUCCUGCCGCUAAGUUUCAUUCACGCUAGCCGGCUCAGUGUGUAUGCUAGUUCAACACAGCAGUUGUCAUGUCUCGGUCAAACUCCGCCUCUCAGAAAGCAAACAUGAACCCAUCGAAGCUGUCUAGGUCAUUAAAAGCCAAAGGGCUGAAAGACAUCAGGAUCGAUGAAGAAGUAAAGAUCGCUGUGAACAUCUCGCUGGAGCGGUUCCAGUACAGCGACCAUAGAGAGCUGGAGUUUCCUUCUUCACUGACCAGCACAGAGAGAGCGUUUAUACAUCGCAUUGCACAAUCCCUGGGUUAUGUUUCAAAAAGCAAAGGUAAAGGAAUACACCGUUUUCUCACAAUAUGGAAGAAGGAUCGUCCGGAGUCAGGGCACUCCAUUAUGACCUUUAACCUUACCCACAAUUCCAAGCAUGUGAUUCAAAACCUGCUGCAGAGGUUCCCAAUUACUAAUAAAGAGCGCACUGAUCUGCUCCAGCACACUGAGAGAGGGCUCACUGUUCUUCCAGAAGCUGCUGGUAAUGGAAAAGACAAGACCAGCACGAGGGGCCAGCUGAAAAACAGCCUCCCUCAGGUCCCUCCGAUGAGAAGCCCCUCUGUCCUGGAAAGCUUUCGGCGAGCGCUUCCUGUCUAUGAGAGGCAGGAGGAGAUUGUGACGACCAUUAAAGAGAACCAGGUGGUGCUGAUCGUGGGUGAAACAGGCUCAGGAAAAACCACCCAGAUUCCUCAGUUCCUGCUGGACGACUGCAACCAAAAGGGAAAUCCCUGUCGCAUCUUCUGUACGCAGCCCAGGAGGCUGGCUGCCAUCGCUGUGUCGGAAAGAGUGGCGGCAGAGAGAGGAGAGAGCGUCGGCAAGACUGUCGGUUAUCAGAUCCGGCUGGAGGGCAGGGUUUCUCCCAUGACCCUACUGACUUUUUGCACAAGCGGUGUGCUUCUCAGAACACUGAUGGCCGGAGACAGCGUCCUCUCCACUGUCACACAUGUCAUUGUGGACGAGGUUCACGAGCGGGACGGCCUGACCGAUUUCCUCCUGACCAAGUUGCGGGACGUGUUGCCGAAGAUGCCGUCUCUGAAGCUCAUUCUCUCCAGUGCUGCCCUGGAUGUGGAUCUUUUCAUCAGAUACUUUGGCCAUUGUCCAGUUAUUUACAUUAAAGGACGACCAUAUGACGUGAAAACCCUUUUUCUGGAGGACAUUUUGCGAAGCACCGGCUACACAAACAAGGAGAUGGCCAAAUAUAAGGCAGAGAUACAUAAAGAAGCAAAGCAGCAGAUGUCUCUUACAGAAUGGUGUGAGGUAAAAGCAGGCAUAUCACGACAAGAGUCUCAGAGGAAACUGCAUUCUGCCAGCGUCCUGCAGGACACUGACCUGCUGGACAAUGGAGGGGACAGUGUCUUUAGCCAGAUGAGUGAGAAAGAUGUGACGUCUCUAGAGCCGUGGCUGCUUAGGGAAAUGGACAACUGCAUCUCAAGCAUCUUUCUGCAGCAGGACGCUGAUGCCUUUGUGCAGCUUUUUAACCUGAUUGUCAACGAGAACGUCAGUGUGGACUACAAGCACAGUGAAACGAGUGCCACGCCUCUGAUGGUGGCUGCAGGGAGAGGCUUUCUCAGCCAGAUGGAGCAGCUUUUCAGCAUGGGGGCCAAUGUGCACCUUAAAGCUUCUAAUGGCUGGACUGCUCUUGACUGGGCUAAACAUUUCAACCAGACCGAAGCUGUAGAUCUGCUAGAGUCACACAUCUCGUCUCUGGAGGCGGGUCAGCUGGACGAAUCGUCCCUGGUGCAGUCACACAGCGGAGAGCUCAGUGCUCAGGACCAGGAGCUGCUCAAGGCGUACCACCACAGCUUUGAUGAUGAGAAGGUGGACCUGGACCUCAUCAUGCACCUGCUUUUCAACAUCUGUCAGAGCUCUGAUGAAGGUGCAGUCUUGAUAUUUUUGCCAGGAUAUGAUGAAAUAGUCGGAAUGCGAGACCGCAUUCUUAUUGACGAUAAAAGAUUUGCAGAUCAUCAGCACAGGUACCAGGUGUUCACCCUACACUCUAACAUGCAGACUGCAGAUCAGAGGAAAGCUCUGAAACGACUUCCAUGUGGGGUUCGCAAAAUUAUUCUGUCGACUAACAUUGCUGAAACCAGCAUCACCGUCAACGAUGUCGUCUUCGUUAUCGACUCUGGCAAGGUCAAAGAGAAAGCUUUCGAUUCCCUGAAUCAUGUGACCAUGCUGAAGAUGGUGUGGAUAUCGAAAGCAAGUGCGCUACAGCGUAAAGGAAGAGCGGGACGUUGCAGACCAGGAAUCUGUUUCCAUCUGUUCAGCCGGCUGCGCUUCAAUAACAUGCUGGAGUAUCAGGUCCCUCAGCUGCUGCGUAUGCCCCUGCAGGAACUCUGUCUUCACACUAAACUUUUGGUCCCUUUUACCUGCUCCAUUGCCGAGUUCCUUGCCAAAGCCCCAGAGCCACCACACCUGCUCACUGUCAAGAGCGCUGUGCAGAUGCUUAAGACCAUAGAUGCCAUGGACUCAUGGGAGGACCUGACCGAACUGGGGUACCACCUAGCCGACCUCCCCUUGGAGCCACACCUGGGGAAGAUGGUGCUAUGUGCAGUGGCGCUGAAGUGCCUGGACCCGAUUCUCACCAUCGCCUGCAUGUUGUCCUACAGGGAACCGUUUGUGCUUCCAGCUCAGGCUUCACAAAAACGAGCCGCCAUGCUGUGCAGGAGAUCCUUCUCUGCCAACACCUUCAGUGACCACAUGGCUUUGCUCCGUGCUUUUCAGGCAUGGCAGAAAGCCUGUGGUGAUGGCUGGGAGAGGUCUUUCUGUGAGAAGAACUUCCUGUCACAGGCUACAAUGGAAAUUAUAAUCAAGAUGCGCACCCAGCUGCUGGGCCAGCUCCGUGCCAUAGGUUUUGUUCGCGCUCGGGGUUGCAGCGAUAUCCGGGAUGUAAAUAUGAACUCUGAGAACUGGGCAGUAGUGAAGGCAGCGCUCGUAUCAGGAAUGUACCCUAACCUGAUCUACAUAGACCGUGACAAACAAACACUCCGAGGAGCCAAAGAGAAGAAGGUUCGCUUCCACCCUACAUCCACCCUGAGCCAACCCCAAUACAAGAAGAUCCCUCCAGCUAACGCCCAAGCAGCAGCAGUUCAGUCUCUACCUACAAACUGGCUGAUCUAUGAUGAGAUGACACGAGCACACAGGAUAGCCAGCGUGCGCUGCUGCACUGCGGUCACUUCUGUCUCCAUCGCUUUGUUUGGUGGGUGUUCCAAACUGCCCAGCACAGCACUUCAGGAACCUUCUUCACCCCGAGUGGUAGAUGAUGCUCUGUGUGAGGACAGUGACAGUGACUGUGAGACCCGCUCCACAGAUCAGCUGGCUCAGAUGAAGAUCGACGAGUGGCUUAACUUCAAACUGGAUCAGGAGAUGGCGUCCAUGGUGUUCCAGCUGAGGCAGCGUUGGCAUAGCCUGUUCUUGAGGAGGAUCCGUUCCCCUUCUAAGCCGUGGUCCCAGCUGGAUGAAACGACCAUCCAGGCCGUGGUGUCAGUGCUGAGUAGCGAAGAGCAAGUUUCUGGCCUGCUGCAGCCCACGGGUAUCGGCCAGAGACCCAAACCCAUGAGUCCAAAUCGGUCAGACAGCGGGAAGAGUAAAAGUGGACACAGGAGUGCCGUGGAGCAGAGCCAUGAGGCUCCCACACCAAAUAGGUCUCCUAAAGUGCCGACUGCUGUCUCUCAGUCUAAGAGCCAUAGAGAUAAAGGUGCUGUCUUUUCCAAACGUUUAGCUGAUGACCAUCUCCCAGUAAAGCCAGACAGCCCCAGCGUAUCCAGUCCUAGUGCCAGUCCCUCAUCCACUUCCUCAACAAAAGAACUGGCUGCUCUUGUGUCACCUUCACCUGGGGUUUCCAAGUCACCGUCGCCAAGGCCCAGAUCAUCAGUGCGUUACUUUAUCAUGAAGAGCAGCAACCUGAGGAACAUAGAGCUCUCCCAGCAGAGGAGCAUCUGGUCCACUACGCCCAACAGCGAGCACAAACUAAACCGAGCUUUCCAGGAGAGCAGCGCCGUCUUCCUUAUCUUCUCUGUGCAAGGCUCCGGACACUUCCAGGGUUAUGCUCGGAUGUGUUCAGAGAUUGGUUCAGAGCGCUGUAAGGACUGGGGUGCAGCCGGGCUGGGAGGAGUAUUUAGUGUGGAAUGGAUCCAUAAAGAGAGCAUCUCUUUCCAGUUCACUCACCAACUCCUCAACCCCUGGAACGACAACAAGAAAGUGCAGAUCAGCCGGGACGGACAGGAGCUGGAGCCUCAGACUGGAGCACAGCUGUUGCAACUCUGGAAUCGCUUCUCCAUCAAACAGCAGCACGAGGUGUGAAGAAGGAUGGCUGCAAAACUUCUGACCUUUGACCUCACAUACCUCAUCGGUCAGCGAAAUGGCGCAGCGCCGAGACCCAAAAAUGUCACCUCACUUCCCGUCUUUUCAAAAAAUAUAAUUAAGGUGGUCAGAGAGUGUCCUGUUGAUACUCAAGAGCCAUAGAUAUUCCACUGUGUGAUGAAACUUUAACACUAACAUUAACUUUAACAACCGUUUACAUCCAUCCCAUAAUUAACAGUGUUGGUGUUUUUCUCUCGCAUGGGGCCAAUUGUUUGUUUUUCUUCUUCUUUGUUUUUUCUUUUUUAAAUUGCACUAUUUUCCUGAUGUUCCCCUGCUGUCAGGUUUGCACAGACGGAUGAAUUAACACUAUGUUCAUGUUGUUGAGUUAUUUUUAUUAUAUAAUGUAAAUUCUACUUAACUGUCUAUAGAAGGGAUUCUUCGUGAAAGAGCGAUCAGUUUAGACGAAUUUCUCUCCAGAUUCCACAAACGGCUUCUCUCUCUCUCUCUCGCGCUCUCUCUCUCUCUCUCUCGCGCUCUCUCGCUCUCUCUCUCUCUGGUUUCAAUAAGAAUUGAGGUGGAAAGAGAAGUCAGGCCAGUAAAUACACGAUCAUUUUGCCCGUGAUCUUAAGAGAGCUGUCAUUUGGUCAUUUCUUAUGAUCAUUUGCUGGCUCAGAUUAUUAUUCCGUUUUGCACUAAAACGAAGUAGCUGUAAUGUUCAUCACUGCAUGGUUUUAUGUCAGAUUUGGCGUUAUGAAUCUAAUCUCUGAAGACAAUAAACAAGUUCGUGUUUCA